AUGCGCAUGCGCUGUCUCUUGGAUAAUUCGCCGGUACGGGACUAAUGGCGACAAAACCCGACCGUUGGUAUUUUUCUACAGAACAACUGAGAAACAGUCCUUCCGCAAAAUGUGGAACAGAGCCAGAGAAAGAGCUGUCUUACAGGCAGCAGGCUGCCAAUCUAAUUCAGGAUAUGGGGCAACGCCUACAAGUAUUUCAAUUGUGUAUCAACACAGCCAUUGUAUACAUGCACAGAUUUUACAUGUUCCACUCGUUCACAAAGUUUCCACGCAAUAGCAUAUCUGCGGCAUGUCUUUUUCUUGCUGCCAAAGUUGAGGAGCAGCCCCAUAAGCUUGAACAUGUCAUUCGAGUGGCCCAUGCAUGCUUGCACAGAGGAGAACCACCCCUGGACCCAAGGAGUAAUGCAUACGCUCAGCAAGCUCAGGAGCUGGUAAUCAAUGAAAGCAUCAUACUCCAAAGUCUUGGUUUUGAAGUAGGUGUUGUACAUCCACACACACAUGUUGUCAAGUGCACUCAGAUGAUAAGAGCCAGCAAGGACCUGUCGCAGAGCUCCUAUUUCUUAGCGACCAACAGCCUUCACCUGACCACAUUCUGCCUCAAGUACAAGCCUACAGUAGUAGCUUGUGUUUGCAUUCACCUAGCCUGUAAAUGGACUCAGUGGACGAUUCCUAAGUCCAACGAUGGCAAAGGAUGGUGGGAGUACGUUGAUCCAUCUGUUACAGAGGACCAUCUCGAUGAAUUGACAAGAGAGUUUUUAUACAUCAUCGACCGGUGUCCUGCUCGCCUAAAGAAGAGGAUUAUGGGAUACAACAAGACUGCGAACUCUGCCAAAGAUGCUAAGCGACCGAGAUCAGAAGGCCAGUCUAGUACUGACAGUUCACAGCAAGCAGGAACUUCCACUCAGGUUGACAACAAGGCAUCCUCUAGCACAUCGGUGUACGAUUUCUCGUUUGAUUCAAAGCCAGCAAGUGGGUUUGACCAGUAUUCAGACAGCGAGGAUUCAAAAUCUGAGGAACCUGCCACCCAAAAGAGUGACAAAACAGUCCUAAAACCAGAGAAAGUCAGGGUAACCAUGGAAGAGUACAAGCGAAAAGAUAGAGAACGUAAAGAAAAGGAUACACUUGCAAAGCAACAGCAACUUUCUUCUGCUGGGGAUAAGUCUGAGACGGGUGGAUUAGGAGGUAGCAGAACAUUACCUAAAGAUUUAGUUAAACCCGGGCCAAAGCUUUUACCUGGUAAUAUUGAAAACAUCAUUAGUUCAAAAGAAAGAGUACCUCAUGGGCUAGAGAAGCUAUCCUCUGGACAAGAGCAUGUUAACCCGUCUCGUGAAAGAUCUCAUACAGGUCAUGACAGAAUACCCCACAAUCGUGAAAAACGGCCUCCUUCCCAGGAUAAACAUCUGUCAGGGUCCAAGAGAUCUGUACCGCCCCAUGAUAAGAUGCAUUCAGGGCAUACAAGAGGACCAUCUGGGCCUGAAAGGUUAUCCACUGAAAGAAGUUCUGGACUGGAGAAGCCUUUUUCAAGUCAUGGGAGAGAUCCUGUCGGACCACUUAUUCAAGACCAGACUUCUUCAAGCUUUGGGGUCACACCACAGGAUAAGGUUGCUGCUUCAGCUCUUGGUUUGACUAAACAGUCCGGAAGUGUGAAACAGAAGGAGCAAAGGAGACCAGAACUUCAUGUGCAUGCAUCUGUAGGAAGUAGUAAAGAAUCAUUCAAUUUGCCAACUGAAAAGACGUUAUCAGGUAGUUCAAGUGAUGUCUUGAGAAAAGAGCAUGGGCAAAGAAGUUAUGCUCAGGCAGUUAAAACAGAGAAGGUUGAAAAGGAACACGGCAAGCACAGAUCUGAACAACCUCUCACCCUGCAUUCAGACAAAGCUGUCAAACACAGAAAAUCUGAACCUCCAAAGGAAUCCCUUUGCAAAGUGAAAGAAAAAUCAGAACCAGAACAAGCCACUCAGGAAACUCUAGAUCUCUUAAAUCAAAUAAGUGCAGAAAUCAUGAAAGACAUUCAAAAUGAAACCACAAAUCGCCCUGAUCCUCUUACCGCUAAUCCUGUGCCUGUACUACAAAUUCCCAAGAAGGAACAAAGAAUAGCGGAAGAUUUGAUGUUAAAAGACAGAUUGCAAGUACCACCUUCUCUACCAACUUCCAUUAAACCGACUGAAAUGGAGCGCAGGAAGUUUGAGAGUGAUGAGAUCAUUGCUGAUGCGGUUUCUCCCUUCGAUGCCAUUCUUGAAGAAAGGAAAGAUCGUCAUGAAAGCAAAAAGGAAAGGAGAGAAGAUAGAGAAAGAAGGAGAGAAGGUCAUAGGUCAAAGAAAGAUGACAAAAGGCAUAAGUCCCACAAGCACCGUCAUCGUUCACCUGGUGCCUCUCACAAACAUGGUCUUCAAAAUGAUAUUGGGGAAGGCAGUGGUGACAUGGCCCCACCCAAGAAGCAAAGGCUAGAACAAGCAGGUUCUCCACACACCGUCCUGACUACAUCCCAAGGUAUUAAACUGAAGAUUAAAUGUUUAGGCAACUCUUUCAAUAAUGGUAGUGAACAUGGAAGAGAGGCUGAGAAGGUAGCAAAUACAAUCUGUGAUUCUCCAGGCAGUGUUUCACUGAAACUGAAUUUGAGCAAAUUAAGUACCUCUCCUCAAGAACCAGGAAAGGAGAGGGACAGCAAUCAUCACCACCAUCAUCAUCACAGAUCGCACCAUAAACACAAAUCCCGGCAUCACCGGAGCAAAGAUGGCCAUCGCAAGCUCUCCCACAGCCCUGGACCAUCUAGUGCUUCGGAUGCUUCACCUGCCAUUUCCCCAUCCAAGAGGAAAUCUGUAGAGAUGUACGAGACUGCAGCAACCCUCAACAGUCAAUCUUUACUUGACCUGCCUAUGCCACCAAGCAUUUCUAAAACUUUGUCUCGUCAUGCCUCUCCAAUAACCAAGCAUGGCAAGCGGAAACGAGAAUCCAAUCCUCCCCUGCCUGAUGAAGACGUCCCUCCACCACCACCACCACCACCCCAAUCCGAUUACAUGUUGUCAACAGGUUCUAGCCUUCUACCUAUGCAGUUUUCCACCAUUGAUGCUUCUGCAUUGUAUGAAAACUUCCAACCCCCUUUACCAAGUGGCAGACCAAGAGAUAAAAGACCUCCGCCUCCUCCUAUUCCACCACCCCAAAGAAGACCUCCUCUUCCACCCUGACCAGGAUCUGGCCAUAUUACUGCUAAAUUUGCUUAGAUGUUUAUUUUUUUUAUUUUUUUAUAUAGCUUGAAGACAAAAGGUGCUGUGAUGUCAAACCAGGUCUUCUCUUGCAAAUUUUUUACAAGAAUCACCAGUAGGAUUGUACACUCGCCUGCAUAUGAGGUUGCACUGCCAACCUGGUGAAAAUGUUUGAGCCAUUGCUCUAUGUACAAGUGGGAAUUAUAUGUUGCAAUGCUUGAGACAAGUUCAAUGAUGCCCAAUGCAGAACGAGUUGUCGGUAUUCAAUCAGACUUUGUUUUUGUGAAGUUUUCCUUUUGAAGCUAUGUGCUGCUUAUUGCAUUUGGAGAGUUUGUUGUUUGUUUCCUCCCCUCACAAGAAAAUUCCUCAAGAGGAUCUAGCAAAAGUCUAUUCUAUGUGAUGAUAUUUAUUGGAAUACAGUACUCUUUAGAAAUACAAUUUGUGACCAUUUGUGAUUCCCACCAGCUCGUGGUUCAGCAUCUUGUUCGCAUUGAUGCAUUACUUACAUUAUUCAGGCAUCUUCAAAGAGACCUCCCAAAAAGAGAAAUAUAGUAAAGUCUAAAAAGUAGAAGAAUCAUAAAAGUAUAAAAACGAAUGUACAUAUCUUGUAUUGUGCAUUGUAAAAUUAUGAAUUAGUUCAGUUGUGUAUGAAAAAGGUUAUGUUCAAGCUUUCAUCAGACUGUUAUAUAAACAAUGCUUCUCUUUUUGUACUAAAAGGAAAAAAAGAUAUGAGGGGAAAAAAUAAAGAAAAGUGAGGUAUCUAAAGAAAAAAUAGAGAAAUAAAUAAGAUAUGAUUGCGGAGAUAUUGUAUAGACAGAUUAAAUGGUAUAUGAGGCUAUGUUUCUGUAUAAUAUGUAAAGCUGCGCAUGGAGAAGAAUAACAAACAUAUUCUCAGGAAAAAAAGUAAGUCUAACUCUACAUGUACAGAUAAGGAAGGAAUAACUUUGAAACAUUGGGUAUUGGAACAUUUCUAUAACGUUUAAGAUUUUGUUUAGUAUAUAAAUGCAUUUAUAUUCAAACAAGAGAAAAGUCAUCUACAACGAUAUAGUAGCCUUCUACUUUUUCAGAAACUCCAUGGAAGUGAUACUAGGCAAAGUACAUUUAUGCUUUAUCUACUUACCUUCCUUCAGUUAAUUAAGUGUGUAAUACUGCUUAUGCUGAGGCACGUCAUUAAUAAAAAUCAAGUUUGGACAAACUUUUCAAAUUCAAAGAGGCAAAAUUAAGAGAGUGAUUAUUCUCUAGGUUUAUGCUCUGUUUCCUGGCUGGUAUGUUUUCCUUUGCGAAGAGCCAGUUUAAACAUGUAUAUUUCUUAAUGUCCAAUUUAUUUUAAGCUUCAUUAAUAAAUGUUUUUAUAUCUGUCUUGUAGAAGAAUCAUAUUCUACAGUCAUUUAAGUAAUUUAUGUUACAUGUCCUCCUUAUGCACAAGUUGAGGGUAUGUAUUGUACUUGUAAACAAAAUUGUCACAAAUCUUUAUGGUGAACAAAACUUUCACCAAAUUUGAAUGAUAUGAGUAUAUGGAAUGGAAGUUUCCUUUUAAUUUUGCCUUCAAGUCAGUAGGAAAAAAUGGGUGAUGGAUUUAUAGAGAUGAUAUUGAAAUUGUUACACAACAUGGAUAUCAAAAAUAUGCUUUAGAAAAGAUAACAAUUUAUUUCAUGGUUCAUAUUUCAUGCACAAUUGCCAGUGCUUAUUCAUUUAUAUGUCAUGUGAAAUUACACAAUUCGAAUUAUCUUGAAAAUUGAGUGGUAAUUUAUUCAUCUUUUUUAAGUGCAUGUGCUUUAUAUGUACAUGUAUUUUGGUGAACUUUCAUAUGCAUUUACAUUUGCUGUUGGAUUAAUUCAUGCCACUCUAGAUUUUUUCCAAAUACAUGUAGAGAGAAAGAAGAGAAAUGUUAGUUUAUACCCUACAUUUGUUGGGCCUUCUUGUUUAAGUUUGAUUGCAAGCAUUGAUAUGACUUGGGCCAAGAUAAUUUUCCUCCAGAUCUGUGUGUGACAUUUACUUAAGGGACAUUUGAAUGGAAGCUAGUAUACAUGUAUUGCUCCGCUGAUUUUGGAUUUUUCAUAUUUUCCUUUCAUUCUGUUUCUAUUGUCAUUUAAUUUCUUGGUAAUUCGUAGUUACUCUUUAUGUUCAUUGACAAAAUAAUUUGAAUAUGAAGAGAAAUAAAACAUUUUCAAAGGAAAUGGGACAAAAUUGAAA